AAAUUUCUAACCGCUAGUUCCUAUAAAACAGUGAGUGAACAUGUCGCUGUUUAAAAUACCAACAUUUUGGAGUGUUCAUUGUGAGGAGGAUUCAUCCUAUGACCAAAAUAGCUUACUAGUAACGAAACUUAAUCACGAAUAUGAUUUUUUAAUAGUGGGAAGUCAUAGUGGAAUUUUGAAAGUUUUUAAACCCUCAAGUGAUAAUUUUAAAGAAUAUACACCGGCUGAUUUACUGAUUGAGACGAUUUUAAAAGAACCAAUUCUCCAAUUAAGUUGUGGUCGAUUUUUAUCCGGUUCGAGCAAAGUCCAGUUAGCAGUCUUACAACCCAAAUCACUAAACGUUUACGACCUAAUUGUAAAAGAAGGAGCAACAGAGCAUGGCGUUCAAAAUAUUCUGGAGCAACUAUACGUUCAUAAAUUGCAAAAGCUAGCGUUUAAUUUCUGUGUAGGUCCUUUUGGAGGAGUAGAAAACCGUGAUUUUAUUUGCGUGCAAUCGUUGGACGGUUUGUUGACUUUUUUUGAACAAGAAAGUUUUGCGUUUUGCUGUUUUUUGCCAGAUGUUUUGCUACCAGGUCCGUUAACUUUUGUUAAAUCGUCUGAUAGUUUCGUUACAUCGAACUCGAAUUGGCACAUAAUCAGCUUUAGAUAUAAAUUGUUGUCGGAAGCCGGCCAAAAUUCAACAGAAGGCGGAAACGUGAGCAAAAUUUCAAGUGAUUGGACAUUUAAUCUUGGGGAAGGAAUAAUAAACCUAGAUGUGGUCCAAGAUACUACAUCUAGAAUAACCUUCAUUAUGGUAUUGGGUGAAAGAAGCAUUUUUUGUUUAAGUGACAUUGGAAAACUUAAAUACAUGAAACGCCUUGAAUUUUCACCACUCAAUUUUAUCAACUACUUUCUCAAUGACAGGAUUAUGUCGCUUGUAGUUUCCGAAACAAAUAAUAUGCUGAUUUAUCAGAACACGUCUUUGAAAUGGUGCUCCCAUUUGCAUGUUUCUCCAAUUUCUUUUAAUCGUGGGUUUGUUUGCAAUACGAACGGUGUCUUGGUGUUACUACAAGAGGACGGAACUCUUUCUUGUUCCUAUUUAGGGACUGAACCCAGUUUGUUUGUGGCACCUCCUUUGGCUCUUCAAGAUUUGGAUUUCGAAAAAGCUGGUCAAGAAUUGACUAAACUGCACAAGAUCGUUAAAAAUACAUAUUCCAAUGAUAUAAAAGUGACCAACGCCUCAACUGAACGCGAACUAGUCCUAAAUGUUUCAGUGAGUCCAAAUUUAGAAGAAAACACACUGCACAAGGCAAUAAACAAUAAAAUUUGCCCAAUUUCAAUAGAUAUCAUGCCUCAUACGUUAUUUGAAGAAGUGCAAGUAACAGUUGUCGUUGACUAUCCUCUGAAAGUUUCUCCCCAAACUGAGUUUUUUCAUAAUUUAUCUGAGAAAACGACGAUGACUUGCUGUGUUUUUAUGGAGAAACCUGAAGAGGUCUCCAGUUUGAAUGUGCAAGUUGUGGCUUCGUUUAUAUCAAAUUUAGGAGUUCCUAGGAGUGUGAUGAAGUGUGCGAUGUUGCCUUUGAAUUUAGUACUAGAGACAUGUGCACCUUGUAAAGAAAGCGAGUGCAAAGUGACUUUAAAUAUUAAUCAAAGUCCGGUGGGUUUAUCUGCGCUUUUUCCAGAAUACAUACUUUCCUCGAACAACAACGCAAUUGCGUUUAAAAACACAGCAACAGAUGGAAAAGUUGUUACAGUUUUGUUAGCAAAAUCGUCUGAAAGGUACAGACUUCAAUCGGACUCAUUCGCAUCACUUAAUCUUCUGGUGGAAGAAAUGGUGAUUCGGCUAAAAAAACACUAUUCCAAUGUCGAUGGUUUUUCUAUCACUUCAAAUUCUUUCCCACCAGUUAAUACCAUUUUUGAUUGUAUUAGAACACAUUUUUAUGCGCAACAGAAAUUUGUUUCGCUACAGAACCAGAUUACACAACUUGGUGCCCAAUUGAGAUUAAUCCAGAAGCGACUAAUUGCAAAGUUUAAAAUCAAAAAUCCAACUUCUUUGGCCAAUUUGGAGCUACUUCUUGGAGACACUUACUCGGAAAUUAUGAAACUCACCGAAGAAUUUGAUGAAGAAAAAAAUAAUUUAGUGAAGAGUAGAAAUAAAUUGUCGUCGGUUUUGCAACUUUUAAUUAAUAUCACGAAAUUAAUGGAUGUUAAUAAUAAAGCGAGACAGUUGAUUGAGUCUGCUUUUAACCCCGUUAUCUACGAUCUUGAUGGACAAAGUUGGGAAGACAUAACUGACGCAUCUUUUUCCUAUUUAUUGCGCACUGUUUUGGCAAAAUCUGAGAAAGAUAAAUUACGACCUGCUCAAACCAACUUCGAGGAAGUCAAGGAUGUGUCAAAAAUCGAAAAACAUCUAACUCUAAUACUUGAGAGAAUUCCAAAAGGAAUGUUACAGGAAUCUCCCAGCUUACUUGACGAAGCUGAACAAGAAAAUGUGGACACUGAAGACAACAAUGUGACGGAAAGUUUGCCGAUUGGGUCCAAAAUUGGAGAAUCCAGUUCUCAACUGCUUUUAUCGAGGAGAGGUCUUACGAAAAAGUCGUAGUGUAUACCUUCAGGUGUAAAAUUUCUCUCGGACGUACCCACUAUUGUUAAAUAAACUUUCAGUUUUUUGAUUGUAUAGCAUAGUCUCACUUUCUAAUGUACGUGUAAACAGUGCCAUUUCAAUUUAUGAAAUAAGUGUAUUGUAAGUAGGUAGCUUGAAGUAGAAACUUGUAUACGUUGUACAAGGAAUGGAAAGAGUUAACAAUUGUUUUGCCCAAAAUUAGCAGAGAAUUUUAGGCAACGGAUAAAGUUUUAGUUUAAUUUUGAUUCGUAGUUCGUAUCCUACUGUUAAGAUGUGAAAGAAAACAUUAUACAUUACAGGACAGUUUUUUACGUAUAAUUGAAUGGUAUUUAGAGUUAGGUAUAUGUUUUCAGUGAACUACAGAUUGUUAAAGUUAAAAAACAAUUUUUAUCGUUAUACUUACUUUUUGAAUAAAGAGAAUUUACUUGA